AUUUCCCACUUGCCACCAGUCACCACCAUUUCUUUCUCUCUCCCGCUUUCAUUCUCUCUCUAGUUCAUUGCUUCCGUCGACUACUAAGCAAGAACAGUCGACGUUUCUCCUCACAAAUUCCAGAAAAACCCAUCUGACUUUCACUUUUCUUCUUCAAUUUCUUACACUGCUGUUUUUCUGUUACUAUGUAGCUUACUCAAAUCACAAACAAUUCAAUUUUACACAUAUUCAUCUAUAUAAUUCCCCAAUAUUGUACCUUCAAUGCUUCAUUUUCAUACCCAAUUGAAAUUCCCUAAAACCCUAAAACUACCCACAAUUUGAUCGCUCUAAAACCCCUGCAAUAUAAUGAGAGUGAUUUGCAAAUGUUGUUUGCGAAUUGUUUAUCUUGUUGUUGAUGGUGAGGAUGAUGUCUCAGUCACUCCCACAAAACGAUAAUUAUAAUAGCAACAACAGCAGCAACGGCCCACAAAAUCAUCAUCACCAUCACUACCAUAGUCAACCAGCUCCGCUUUCUUUUUCACCUCCACCCUCCUCCCUUCAUGCCGUGCGCAUUAAUUCUUUCCAAAAUAAACUUGUUCCGGGCAGGGUUCGGCUUUCGGAUAUUUCUCCGUACGACGGAGCCUCAUGUGGGGCUUACCUGAAGGCAGUGGAAGCUCUUUCUGGGUCCCUUAUGAAACAUAAUGCGGCGGUUAUUGAGCUCGGAAGCAAUGAUGCUGCAAUCAUGCGGUGCGGGUUGGAGUCGGCUAAGUUGUAUUUCAGGAAUAGGACUGGGACUGUUGGUAAAGGAGACAGAGCUGUUUACAAGUAUAGGGCUGGAAGGACUUUAGAAGAUAAUGAUUCUUCUCCUCCGUGCAUGGCUGAAGUUUUUAGAUGCUUGGGUAAGAUUGCUCGUGCUGUGUUGUGUGCUAUUGCCAGGCAUCUCCGUCUGCGUAGCGACAUCUUUAACCAUCUGCUUGAUGAUAAUCCACUACCUGCUGGUGAGGAGUCCUCCUCUAUGCUUGUCGCAACCUAUUUUACGGCUUCUUUGCAAAAUGGAAAAGGGACUAUUAGUGGGGGGAAAUCAUCUGUUAGUUUUGAGAAGGGAUUGUUAACUCUUGUGUCGUCUGAUGCUCCCGGCCUUCAGGUCUGUGACCCCAAUGGUCGAUGGUACCUGGCAGAUAGUGGGUUAGGUUCCAGUUCUGUUUUGUUACUGACAGGGAAGGCACUUAGUCAUGCUACAGCUGGCCUUCGUCCUACUGUCUCACAUCGUGUGGUUGCUGAUAUCUCUUCAGUUGCUGGUGUUGGUGCUGGAAGGACAUCAUUAGCCUUUAUGCUUAUGCCACAGAGCAAUGCCAUUUUGGACUGUUCUUCUAUUACUGCAGCCGGUCAUGUCAUUCCUCACAGUUAUGCUCCCAUAUCCGUAAGCCAAUUCAUGGAUGAUCUUUGUGCUGAAGAAGAUGCUUUGUGCAAUCACACUGAAGAUACUUAUGUGGAACAAAAUCAUGUUAACAAGGAGCCGUCAUUGAGAAGUGUUCUUUCUGAUCCCAUAUCGGGUACAUUUCUCGAAGAUGCAAUGGUUGUCUCAUGUGGACACUCAUUUGGGGGUCUCAUGCUGAGAAAGGUUAUUGAAACGUCCAGGUGCAUGCUAUGUCACAUGGAGAUUGACACCCAGUCAUUGAUUCCGAACCAUGCUUUAAGAGCUGCUGCUGCAGCAGUAAAGCAUGAGGAUGAUCGAAGACUUUUCCAUAAUGCAGCACUUAGAAAGCGACGAAAAGAAAUUGGUCAUCAGAUAGAUUUGGGAAGGAAAAUUAAUAAUAAGGAGAAUGGGAUUAUUACUUCAGAUAGUGGUCUGCAAAGAGCAGUUCAGUAUCCAUUUUCUGUAAAUGAGAAAGUAGUGAUCAAGGGGAAUCGUAGAACACCCGAUAAAUUUGUUGGAAAAGAAGCUAUAAUAACAUCUCAGUGUCUUAAUGGCUGGUAUUUGCUCAAAAUACUAGGAAGUGGGGAAAGUGUUCGCUUGCAAUAUAGGUCUCUCCGAAAGCUCACUGAUUCACAACGAGAGGAUAUAUGUGGAUCAGAGCCUAUUCAAGGUAGUAGCAGUGAACAUGAUUUGUGAUUGCUCUGUCCAUACUCCCAGUGUUCCCGACUUCGAAACACCCAUCAGCCUCAUUCCUUGCUGUAUCAUUAUCUUCACGUAAAUUGGUCUUUAGGGUAAUUAGCUCUGCUAAUUAUCUAUGCUUGAUUCGUAUAUUGAGUGAGCUUUUUUAAUCAUAAUUUUUCUAUUUGAAUUUGUAGGUGGAACCACAGUAGCUACUAUCUUAGGUUGUGUAUAGACAUUUAAAGAGCUUAAGGGCAUUAUACAAUAUGCAGACAUUGUACCAUGGAUCCCUACAAAAUUAUAUUUAGCGUUAGGCCUUGAAUCC